AUGUGCGGUUCUUUGAGCAGCGGGAUUCAUUUAAGGCUGGCCGGAGUAAACAAGGUGGAACGAAGCCGUUGUGGGAUUGCACGGUUUUUGGCCUGUUUGGGGAUCCUGCGGUUGUGGAUCAUAGGUCGGGUGGAGUGGAUAACUGCCAACAAGGUCGACCGAACCGAGAAUUGCCGAAGUUCACGAUUUGGGAAGGUGAGGGGAUGUGGUGAGAUUAGUAAAGCAUGUGAACACUGUGCGGCCGAAUUAUUUGGGUUAUUUAAAAUGGUUUGCGUCUUUGAGGGAUCUGAACCGAGGAUAGCAGUAUCUUUUACACAGUCAGUGCCUGUGAAUGAACUUCACGGGUGCAUUUUCACCCGAGAGUUUUCGGGGGAUGGCAUCAUUGUCAUCGACUGCAUGACAUUAGUGUUCAACACCGUUGCUUCGUUGCCGUAUAGCACCUUAGAUGCGACGGAUAUCAUGUUGACUCCACGAUGGUUUUUGAAUGAAGUUCAUACGCCGUUCUUGAAAAUUGGGAUGACGGUUGAGGAGCUCCGUUCAGCUAACAUUGUGUUUCUGUUCCGAAUCUUCUACGGUUUGAAUAUUAGGCUCACGUUAGACCUCAUCACUGGAGGAUAUGGGGUGCACACCAUCCGGGCCAGGAUCUACCUGUUUGCAGGUAAGCCGGUCUCCCUCUACAUUCAAAUCUUCGCCUCCCAUUGUCGAUCUCGGGACAAGGAAGUUGGACGCGUGACGGGAACGUUGAAUCGCUUUCUUGUUGAACCGUUUGUUCCGCACGAACAAUCCGAAGAGUACUACAUUUGCAUAUAUACGGAGCGUGAAUCCAAUGUCAUCCUCUUCCAUCACGAAGGUGGCGUGGACGUCGGUGCGGUGGAUGAAAAGGCCAAGCGUUUCGAAAUUCCCGUGUCCACAAUGCUGUCCAAAGAAGCAGCUUCCCAGCCAGUCUGCACACCAGAUGAGCUUCUUGAAAGUUCCCUGUUUUCAGACGUGGAAAAUAUGCAAAGACGUCGAAUGUCCACAAUGCUGUCCAAAGAAGCAGCCUCCCAGCCAGUCUGCACACCAGAUGAGCUUCUUGAAAGUUCCCUGUUUUCAGACGUGGAAAAUAUGCAAAGACGUCGUAUAUUGGCCGAGUUUGUCGUGGAUUUGCACCGAGUAUUUGACAAAUUGCAUUUCACAUUUCUGGAAAUCAAUCCCCUUGUGGUGUGUGGUUGGACGCCAUGUGGUGGGGCAAAAAGUGACAACCUGUUUGUUCACAUACUGGACGUUGCUGCCAAGUUGGAUCAGUGUGCUGAGUUCCUCUUUUCUGCCAACUCACUUUGGUCUCCACAAGGCCAGUCACUGGAAUUUCCAUUUCCGUUUGGGCGCGUCCAGACACCAGAAGAAGCACACAUUGCGGAGCUCGAUGCGCGUACCGGAGCUUCGAUGAAGUUGUCCGUGCUCAAUCCAAACGGACGUAUCUGGACAAUGAGUGCCGGGGGUGGGGCUUCUGUCAUCUACGCGGAUACCGUAUGUGCAUUGGCAGAACAAGUGAAACACGAGCAGGGGAAAGGGAACGGUGCUUCGGAUUUGGCCAAUUACGGGGAAUAUUCUGGCGCUCCCUCAGAAGGUCAAACUUACGAGUACGCAAAAACUAUCCUGCAACUGAUGACACGCGGCAAUCCCCAUCCUGAUGGUAAAAUCCUCUUAAUCGGUGGGGGUAUCGCCAAUUUCACUAAUGUGGCCGCAACCUUCAAGGGCAUUAUGCGUGCUUUGAUGGAAUUCAAGUCGGAACUGCAGAGGCACAAUGUGCGCGUUUUCGUACGUCGUGCUGGGCCAAACUACCAAGAAGGGUUGAGGAUAAUGCGUGAAUUGGGUGUUACUUUAGGGAUACCUAUCCAUGUGUUUGGUCCUGAGACACACAUGACUGCCAUUGUUUCUAUGGCCUUCGGUCUACGUUCCAUCGUUUCAUCAAACUUUGACCAGAAAACGGGAACAGAAGCAUUGAUGAGCGCAACAGCUGGAAAUUGCGAUACUACCGUAAGUCAACUCAUCGGAACAGCCAGUACCGAUUGUAGUUGACAGUCGAAUUCACCUUUGAGCUGCUCGUUUAUACUACAUUUAUGUUCUUCCAAUGGAGACGUUUUCCCUAAUAUGAUCGAUUUCACAUCGUGGUCCCUUGAUCUGACUCGCGAAUCAUGCAUGUUUUUGAAACACCAUGCAUUUGCGGUUUUUCUUCUGCCCUCUCCCAACAGUGACCCACACAAUGUCAAAGUCUAUUGGGGUUCCAGUGAAAUCUUCCUCCCUGUCUACAAGACUUUGAUUGAAGCCAGCACGAGUUCACCGGAUGCUGAAAUCUUGAUCAAUUUCGGUUCGCUUCGGGUGGCCUACGAUGUUACCAUGGAGGCAAUAUCUCUCGAUCCCGUUGGGCCAACAACGAAUCAAAACGGUUCAUGCAAUGGCUUGUCAAAUGGAUCCCAAUUCAAAUGUAUUGCCAUCAUCGCGGAGGGUAUACCGGAACAAAUGACACGUCGUUUGAUCUGUCGAGCCAAGCAGCGAAAUGUCCUCAUCAUUGGUCCGGCAACCGUUGGAGGUGUGAAAGCCGGUUGUUUCAAAAUCGGUAAUACCGGUGGUAUGGUUGAUAACAUUCUGUCCACACGACUAUAUCGCCCGGGAAGUGUCGCCUAUGUUUCACGUUCGGGUGGAAUGUCCAAUGAACUGAACAAUAUCAUCAGUAAAAAUUCCGAUGGUGUGGAAGAAGGAGUUGCCAUAGGAGGUGAUCGGUAUCCCGGCAGUACGUUCUUGGAUCAUGUGUUACGCUUCGAAGCGAACCCGCAGGUCGCUAUGAUUGUGCUCCUGGGCGAGGUUGGUGGAAUAGAGGAGUAUGCCAUUGCUGAAGCCGUCAAGUCAGGUCGAAUUCGCAAACCGGUAGUCGCUUGGUGUAUCGGAACAUGUGCUCAACUUCUCGCCGGAUCUGCGGAGAGCAUUCAGUUCGGACAUGCUGGUGCUUGUGCCAACUCGAUUCGUGAAACAGCCACAGCGAAAAAUGCCGCAUUGUCCGCUGCGGGUGUUCAUGUGCCCUCCAGUUUUGAUAACCUUGAUGCAGUCAUAAGACAAGUAUUCGAUAAUCUGGUGCAAUCUGGCAAAUGGGCUCCAAAACCGGACACAAAACCCCGUCCUGUCCCUCUGGACUAUUCUUGGGCAAAGGAACUUGGACUUAUCCGUCGUCCGGCUGCAUUUACCUCAACCAUCUGUGAUGAUCGUGGCUCGGAGUUGCUGUUCGCCGGUAUUCCGAUCAGUCAAGUCAUUACCGAGGAUCUGGGAAUCGGUGGUGUCCUCGGUUUGCUGUGGUUCAAACGGAGAUUGCCAUCGUACAUGGCCAAAUUUCUUGAACUCUGCCUUGUAAUCACAGCGGAUCAUGGACCUGCCGUUUCCGGAGCGUUGAACACAAUCGUAACCGCACGUGCUGGAAAGGAUUUGUUGUCCUGUCUAACUGCGGGACUUUUGACAAUCGGUGAUCGUUUUGGCGGUGCACUGGAUGGAGCUGCCCGACAAUUCGCCGCGGCUUUCGAUGCCGGACUAUCGCCUGCGGAAUUCGUCGCGUCCGAGCGUAAAGCAUCGCGUCUCAUCAUGGGGAUCGGUCAUCGCGUGAAGUCGAUCACGAAUCCGGACAUGCGCGUGCAUCUGUUGUCCGAUUUCGUACAUCAACACUUUCCAGCAACACCUCUGGUCGACUACGCGUUCGCCGUUGAAAAGGUUACCACAUCAAAGCGACCUAACCUUAUCCUCAAUGUGGACGGAAUGAUUGGUGUGGCUAUGGUAGAUCUUCUGCGCCAUUCCGGGCUAUUUACUCGCCAAGAGGCGGAGGAGUAUGUGAACAUCGGUACACUCAAUGGUCUGUUCGUUCUUGGUAGAAGCAUCGGAUUUAUUGAUAAGGAGCGGAGUAAUAAGCAGUGCCAUCAUCGGAAAAUGCUAUGUUGGAAACGACAAGUCAGCGGGAAAUGUCGCUCUGAGGUGAAGAAUGAAGCUAGUCCUCGGUCGUUCAGCUGUAGUACCCUUCCGGUGCCUAGCUGCCAUGCCACCCGAAGGAAGCACGAGGGCUGGGAUACUCAUCACUAA